UAUUAGUUUUUCAAUUUUCAAACACGACGGUAGAGUCCCACUGUCUUACUGGUAUUUUUCCUCAACCUUAUUGGGGAUAUUAUCGAUUUCUUUUUAACGAGUACGUCCUGCUAUGGCAAAAGGAGAAGGAGCAGAACAGUAUUCGAAUGCCAGUUUAUUGAAUAAACCGGUGAGCUCGGAUGACAUCAAGCUCAGGAAGCAUGACCACAGGGACAGGUUGUCCAUCUGCAGCAAGCUGUGUUAUGCCAUCGGUGGAGCGCCAUACCAGAUGACGGGUUGUGCCCUGGGUUUCUUUCUGCAGAUCUAUCUACUGGAUGUGGCUCAGCUGGAUCCCUUCUAUGCGUCCAUCAUUCUGUUCGUGGGCCGAGCGUGGGAUGCCAUAACGGAUCCAACAGUGGGUUUCCUGGUCUCUCGGAGCCCAUGGACACGCAUCGGGCGUAUGUUGCCCUGGAUCCUGUUUUCUACACCUCUGGCUGUGCUCUCCUACUUCCUCAUUUGGUACGUUCCUCCCUUUGAGAAUGGCAAAGUGGUGUGGUACCUCUUCUUCUACUGCCUCUUCCAGACCCUUCAAACUUGUUUCCACGUGCCAUACUCUGCCCUCACAAUGUUUAUCAGCUCGGAGCAGAAAGAGAGAGACUCGGCCACUGCAUACAGGAUGACGGUGGAGGUUCUGGGCACUGUGCUUGGUACGGCAAUCCAGGGCCAGAUUGUGGGCAUGGCCAAGUCACCCUGCCUGCCAGUACCCGGCUACAUCAUGGAAGAUGUGAGCAACUCGUCUAAAUCUGUCUGGAUCAAUAACAGCCGGCCUGCCAUUUCCCUGGAUCACACAAGAUCAGCCUACAUGAUUGCCUCUGGCGUCAUCUGCUUAAUCUAUAUCCUCUGUGCUAUUGUUCUGUUCUUUGGCGUGAGGGAACAAAAAGAGUCUUGUCGCUUAAGGUCAGAGCCUAUGUCCUUCUUGGAGGGGAUUAAACUGGUGAUGGGGUUUGGACCCUAUGCCAAACUAGUUAUGGUCUUCCUCUUUACCUCACUAGCUUUCAUGCUCGUGGAGGGAAACUUUGCUCUAUUCUGCAGCUACACACUGGGCUUCAGAAACGACUUCCAGAAUAUCUUACUGGUUAUCAUGCUCUCUGCUACACUGACCACCCCCUUCUGGCAGUGGUUUCUGACUUCUUUUGGGAAAAAGACAGCAGUUUAUGUUGGCACCUUGUCUGUGAUCCCCUUCAUGAUCCUGGUGGUGUGUGUGAAGUGUAACCUGGUUAUCACCUACAUUUGCUCGUUUGCUGCUGGGGUCGGAGUUGCUGCAGCGUUCCUCUUACCCUGGUCAAUGCUGCCCGACGUUGUUGACGAUUUCAAGAUUCAGAACCCCGACUCCACCGGUCACGAGGCCCUGUUCUAUUCUUUCUAUGUCUUCUUCACCAAAUUUGCCUCUGGGGUCUCUCUGGGUGUCUCUACUCUUAGUUUAGAUUUUGCAGGUUAUGUCACUCGAGGCUGCUCUCAGCCACAGGAGGUGGAUAUAACCCUGAAAGUGCUGGUUUCGGGCGCGCCCAUUGUUCUAAUCAUAAUCGGCCUGAGCAUCCUCUACACUUAUCCAAUCAAUGAAGAGAGAAGACAAGGCAACCGCAAACUGCUCCAGGAGCAGCGGGAGAAUGAGGCAGACUCUGAAACAGACUCGGCAGAACUGGCCAACAUGGUGUAGGCCGUUUUACAAACCCACGGACCAAUCUGGUGAUCGACUGGUAUUUUGCACUGAGUGGGACCAACGGACCUCGGCCUGUCGGGUCACACAGACUCGUCCAAACACACUGCUGCUGCUCAAAGUCUUAUUGAAUACUUGAUUGACUUAAAAAGUGUCAUAGUUUCAGUAGCGCCAAAGCUUUGCUGAAAACCCAAUAACCUACAUUCUUUAUUUUUUACUUUGUUUCCAGCACAGAAUUCAUUUUGUUUCGUUUGCCUCGUUUUUUACAGCAUACUACAAGAAUAACCUGGGAAGAGUUGGUUUUAUUUUUGCUUCAUGUAUAAUAUUUUUGAAAUGUGAUGAACAAUGUCCACUGUGUUGACGUUAAUUGGUGCUACUUGCUGGAACACACAACAUGAAGCAAACAUGAAUACACACGACCUGGAGCACUGCUCGAAAACAACUGACCAGUGAAGCGCUACGGGGACAACUUGAACAAAUGGUCAUAACGCCUUAACUUCAGCAACUUUUUGGGGGGGCUUUCAGAACUUUUCUAAAACCAGACUAAUGUUUCGGUUGUCGGUCUCUCGCUCGCACCACGUCACAAACUUGGUGCAAGUUUUGAACAUGUUCAAACUUUUUGUAGUUUCUCUUGUUUUUCCAUCACUUGCUGGUCAAAUAUGGUGCAUUGAAGCUUAGCGGAUUAUUUCCACCUCAUUCCCAUUCUAGUUUUUCUUGAAAGGCAGGACUGUGAGAUUGGCGCUACAGUGGCCCCAUUGUAAAAUUUGUACUCUUAAAAAGCAUGUUUUAGUCUCUCCAACUUGGUGCUGAAACCCUGCCAGUGGCAAAGUGGUUAAUUUGGGCAGAAUUGAUCUAAAUUAAUCCAGCAAUAACAUUAUUUAUAGCAUAGCUACUGAAGUCAGAAGAUGAUUCUUUAUUCUUAUCUACUGGUGACAACUGGUACUAAUUUAGUGAUAUUAUUUAAAUAUUUAUUAGUUUUUAUUUGCUUUUUUGAAUACAUGUUUGCUGGAGAGUCAUGCUUUUUUCAGUAUUUAGUGUGUUUAAGGCCUGUAUCAUUGUUCCAUAUGAAUAGUUUUGGGAAAAAAAUGUAGAACAAAACAUCUGGCCCUCCCAACUUGAAGAGUUAAGUUUUAAAACGUAUAGACCUUUUAAAACAUGUUGCCACCAACUUUUCUCAUUAUCUUUAUCUGCAUUAAAAGAGAUGCAGAGCCUCUGAAAGGUCACAGUGGGAUUUUUUUUUUUCUUCUCCUUUGCAUCCUCUCGCAAAACCUUUCCACAAGUGAUAUCUAGUACUGUCCGCGCAUUGUUUCCACUCUUGCCUUGCAACACUCAGUAGAGAUUGACUGGAGUUGAAACGUGCAAAUCUGCACAAAUGGUGACAGCAAAGUUUGAACGGAUCCUCAGAUUAUGUUGUGACAAAGAACACAAAGCGGAAGAUUAUAAUGCAAAACGGUUUUAGGAGUUUCAGAAGCUUUCAUGAGUGGAUGCAGAUCUAUUCCAGAACAAAAUUCCCACCGAGACCUUUAAUUAUUUUGUUAUAAAGGGAAGCACAUAAGUGGAAAAAUUUUAACUGGAAGAUGGGGAAGUGAAUUUGCUGUCAUGUCCUGUGUGGGUAUGGGUGUUGAUUUGAGGGAACUACUUGGGUGUUUUUGAUUGUUUCAAUCCAUGUCAUGAAAAUGAGGAUUGUCAUAUUUCAUAUCCAUUGAUAUGGAAAUGUGUACAUACUGUUGUCAUAUGUUAUACAUACUAUUACAUCUUGAACAUGAAUUUUGACAACUAGGUUGCCAAUGUGAAAUUUUUGUUUCACCCACUUCUCUAGUAGUCCGUUACAUCCUUUUCAAGACAGGAUUUUCUACAUACAGUACCAACACUGUGCCAUUUCUCACCAAAUACGCCCUGUUAAAGAAAAAAAAGAUUUUUUUUUUUGGUGUUUCUGUUUUUUUUUUUUUUUUUUUUUUUGGUGCUUUUCUUUUAUGGACUUAUCGGUAAACUUCCCUUAUGACUCUUGAGGCUUGUAGCCAAACGCGUGAGCUUUACUGCACACACCUCCUGUGCAUAUGUACAUACUGUAUGUAAUCCUGUAAAUAUCUUUGUGUAACAAGUGAAAUGAGCUUGUGUAUGGUGGACUGUAGGUAUUUAAAUGAAAGAUGUUGAGAAGAUAUUGUUAAUAAACCUUUGUGGACAGU